UAUCUGGACCUAUUCCAGACAGUGGUUCGUUUUCACUUUUCACUCCCAUCAGGUUUCUUGUUAGAGAGAAUGUUGUUCUGUAGUGUCCUUGAAUGAUUGAUGUAAAAUGCUAUGCUAAUUUUUUGUGUACCUUCUGCAGUUUUGCUAAUAACAUAAAUCUAUGUGGACCAGUUACUGGGAAAUCCUGCCCUGGAUCUCCACCAUUUGCCCCUUCUCCAUUUGUUCCACCAUCAACAAUCUCUUCUCCAAGUUUGGGAAAGUAUUAUGCUGUAUGUGCCAAUGUAGAAUCACAGGUUGAGAUUCAGUGCCUAACUCCAAGAUCAAAAAGCAGUGGAAGCACCGAACAAGAUAAUUAGUCACUGGAAUUUGGGAACAAAGUUGAAUUUCAGUGGUGUUGAUCCCUGCACCCAGAAUGCAACCUGGGCUCCUGAUUCUGCCAAUCCCCAAAUUGCCUGCCACUGCGCUGGCACUACCUGCCAUGUCACC